AUGGCGUCGAUGGCCUUCACAUCCCUGGCAGCCCCAGCACACGAAGACAACAUGGAGAUGUCGUCACCAGCUGCGAACAAUCUCUAUGAUGAUGACUUAGACCUUGAUAUUCCUCUCGAAGACAAUCACACUGACGAUGAACGCAUGCUCGAGGACGGCGAGCCACCCCGGCCAGGCAUGGCUACCGACGAGGAGAUGGGUGACGAUGACCCAACUUUGAACACACAAGUGACCGAAGAGGAGAUGCAAGAUGACCCACUUGACGGCUCCUAUCUACAUGAUUAUCAGUACGAUGAAGAUCUCAUAGACUAUGACGAUGGCUUCGCAGAUCCAGCGCAGAGCAGUAUCGACAACGCCAACGUUCACAACGCCGAGGGCAGCUUCGACUUUCCCGGCGCGACAGAAGACGUAGAUGAAGAGACAGUGCGACAGCCAGAACAGCGCUCUGUGGAGCCUGUCGAAAAGCCUGCCGCAGUCGAAGCUGAAGAGACCACUGAAGUAGCGCCACCACAGGAGGAACCGGCGACUGAAGCCGCUGACGCCGUGGAGGCGACCAUCACACAGUCCGCACCUGACGAUGAAAUUCACACAGCCGCAGAGGCCAUUGAGACCGCUGUUACAACAGGUGACGCUGAGGAGCCCGCGCUCGAACAUGUACCGGCUGAGGAGGAGAGUGGAGAAGCUGCUGCGUUUGCAGAAGAUCAAGACUAUGACGACGAGAGCAGCUUUCACAAGCCUCCUCCUCAGCUACCGGGUACUCUAGAUACGAGUCUCGGUCAGGCUCUCGAGGGACCACCCACGCCUACUGAUACCGGCUUGCAUCCCAUGACGGUCAAGUUUUCGGAUUAUAAGAUGCCUUUAUUCAAAUCUAAGCGACAAAUAGAUGGUCUUCUGAAGGACGACAACCUCGCGAGCGUCAGCUUGGCGGACCUGCUGCAACACUGUCGACAACGAAUUCUGAUCAAGAUAGGUGAGAACUGCGUCACCACACAGCAAGAUUUGGUUCUGCACUUCGAACAGCUUCAUCUCUUCAUAAACGAGGUACGUCUCAAUUUGCGGCAACGUGGUAAGAGCAUCGAGCUAAUUGUUUCGCAGAACUCCCAUUGCGCAUCAAUCACGAGUCUCAACGAUGUGCUGGAUGUGUUCACCAAGUUUCAUGAGAAUGCAGACUCCGAUGUGCCGCCACUGUCCCUGUUUCUCCAAGUGCAACCAAACUUCACCAAAAGCAUGAGCGCGCUGAGGCAGGCAGCUGCUGAAGGCAGAGAUCUCUCUGAAGUAUUCCAAAUUUCAAACGAUACCACUAAUCACCGAGAUGAGUAUGACGAAGACUACAAGGAGGAAGGCUAUGGCGAAUCUCAAGAAAAUUCGAAUGGUGAAGCGCAGCAGUAUGAUGCUCAUCACCUUGCCGGCGAGACUGAACAUGCAGAGCAGCACGAUGCACCGAAUGAUGUCCAAGAGUACGAUGAAGAGGCCGGGUACCAAUAUGAUACAACUGUCCUACCAGGAUCUCAGGAAGGCGAGGGCUAUGAAGGCUAUGACGCUCUUGGACCUAUCCCGGACCCUGAAGAGGACGACCAACAGUACGAGGAAGCUGAGCCGGAACCAGAUACUGCUACUGCUCUGUUGGAAGACCACGAAGGGGAGCAAGAAGCCCUCGAACCGACAGAAUUCUUCGAGUCUACCGGCGAGGCCACUCGUGAUCCUGUCGAACCCCGCUCCAGUGCGACUACAGCUGCCGCUGCUGAUGCUUCAGCAUAUGACACGACUGGUGAGUAUGACCCAGAAGAUAUGAUUGAUUUCGACGAAGACGAAGGUCUGACGGACCCUUCCUCAGAAGCGCCUGCGCAUGACGGGAAUGAUGAGAUCUCGGAGCUUCUGCGGGUGGAUGACAAGGUCGACGUCGAGAAUACCAAGGAUUCUCAGGCUCAACCAGAGGCACAAGGCGACAACUCUGCUACCACGCUCCAUGCUGCUGUACAGACUGCCCGAGAUACCGACGAGCCUGCCAACGCCGACGACGAUGACGAGCUGGCUCUCAACUUCGAUUCUGAGGACUACGUAAACGGAGACAAUCUCGAUUAUCCGGCAGAAGAAGAAGAAGAAGAAGAUCGCCCCGAAGAUCAAGAAGGUCUUAGAAACGAAUACGACCAAUCUGGAGAGGAUCCCGCAGAAUAUGGAGAAGAUGGUCCAGGCCAGGCUGACAGCGUAGAUUUUGACGACGGCGACGACAUCCAGCCUGGCGACGAGUCUGAGCAGUAUCACACUGCGUACGAUCUACUUGAGAACGACGGCGAUGAAUAUGCUUUCGAAGAAGCAGCUCAUGACGGCGAGCAGCAAGAAGACUCAAAAUACAACGAUGAAGACGACAUCGGCUACGAAGACGAUGACGAUCUUAACGACCAACUAGUCAGUACGGCUACUGGUACCUCAAACUCUCCACUUGGCAAGCGCUCAUUCGAGGAGCUUGCCGACGAGGACGAGCUUGACUUCGACGAGCCGAAAUCGAAGAAGGCACGAUCGGACUAG